UCUCCCGGAGAUCCCGUUUCUUUAAAAGACAUGCUCUCUGGAACGUCACCGAUUAUUAAAGCGCGUGGGCAUGGUCGCUUGCGAGUUUAUAUUUGACGUGAGUAAUACAAUGUGCCAAAUAAUGAGAAAGAUACGCGUCGUCAGAUGACAGUAGACACGUGCUUAAUCGCUCAGCAAGGUGAGACAGUAUUCCGAUAUUUAACAUAAUCGUCAAUGUUCGUUGAAUGGGUCGAAUUUCUUCCUGGCAUCAACCGACCCGAAAGUAAGAAUCAUAAAUGAUCGACCGACGUUGCGCCCUUUUCGCCCUCGGCACCCUGCUGAUCUUGGUCCUUGGUGUGAAUGUAUAUUUCAUCCGGACGAUCGUCGAGAGUUCUUCGCAAAAGAUAUACUCCAAGAAUCUACCAGUGUCUGUAUCAAAGAGUAGACAGGACAUUUCCACAUCCUCACGGCCCAUUGAGAGAGAUUCACAACUGCAAUUGAGGCCUAUUGCUAAAGAUAUGGGUGAGAAGAUCAGGGAACAAAUUCGUACACUACCAUCCAAAUAUUUCAAGCAGAACACCAGCUACAGCCUUGUUUUGGAACGGCUUCUGGCUGAACUAAGAAUAAUGCCAAACGUUCGAGAAGACAUUUGGAAUAUUCCAAAUAAUAAUUGGCCCGAUGCCCACCAGUUGAUUCCACCAGCAGCUCCGGAACUGGGCACCAUUUUGGAGAUUCUGCGGCGAUCCAAGGUGAUCCGCGCGGAUAACGCACCGUUGGGUACACAACUGAAACUGAUGCUAAACCUGGAGAAUGGCGUGAGGGCAUUGUUCAAACCACAAUGGUACUCGAGGGACACCGUGUUACAUGGACCGGUGUAUUUUGGCAAGGACCGACACAACGCUGAAGUGGUGGCCUUUCACUUGUCGUCUUUGCUGGCGCUGCGAAGAGUACCCCUUGUUGUUGCACGUAAACUUGACUUGAAGGAGAUUCGCGACCGUGCGACGCCAGCGUUAUACACGACUAUGUAUCAGGAAGGUAAUGACACGUGCUUAUACGGCGUUUGUCACUACUGCUCCCCUGCAGACCCCGUUUGCGGUGUAGGGGACAUAUUGGAGGGUGCUCUCAUCUUCUGGCUUCCGCGAUACCUAAGACUCGUUAAGCACCGUCAUCCUUGGCAGCGAACCUACAAAAGGAACAAAUUCGCCACGUGGGAAAUUGACGAGGCUUACUGUGAUAAAGUGAAAGACUCUAAAGCCUAUUCACCGCAGUCAUCGAGCAGAUUGUUAGAUCUGAUCGACACAGCAAUCUUCGACUUUUUGAUAGACAACGGUGAUCGUCAUCAUUACGAGCUCGCACAAAACAAUUUCCACAACCCGGCAGUGCUAUUAAUAGAUAACGGGAAAAGCCUGGGCAAUCCCGACGUGGAUCAUCUCGACAUUCUAGCGCCUCUUUACCAGUGUUGCAUGAUUCACAAAACCACAUGGGAUAGAUUGCGUUUGUUCAGCGGCGGUUCCCUGAGCGUCGCAUUGGGCAAACUCGUUGCACAUGAGGCGGAAAUAUCACAGGUUUCUCCGCUCAUUACAGAGGCGCAUCUAAGUGCCAUGGACAGAAGGUUGCUCACUGUCUACGCUAUAGUGGAGAAUUGUCUCAGUGAAAAGAAGUACGCUUCCAACGUGAUCUUGGAUCAUCGGUAGCCUGAGAAUCAUUUUCAAGACAAUUUAAUUCAACGUAAACGGACAUGUUUCUCGAUGAUAUGAUAAAAAAUAGAUCAAAUUCAAAAGAAUGUAAACUCUCUUGAAGGAAGAAUCGGAGUAAAGAUUCCUUUGUAAAAGAGAGUAAGUAUAUAGCUGAAGGAAGCCUGUUUGCAAAAACCUUACCUUGAACAUUCAGAACGACAUGGAAGCAAUACUUAUCAAUUUUCUCAUUAUUUUCGUCAGUUUUUUUCCAAUAUCUUGACAAAAUUUUGUAUUCCUAAAAAUUUUAUUGUUUCUUCAUUGGAAACAGUUUCUCGGUAGAUGUGACGAUUAUCGUCAUCGCAAGAUGAAUUAUUGUAAAGUAAAGUGAGGCGAAUCACACAGCCACAGAUUUGAAUGCAAUUUAUUUGAUGACACAAUUAAUUAUCGUUAUUUGAGUACAGAGUUGGAGCGCGGCGCCAGAGUACAGCAUAUAGUAUAAAUGCAGUACAAACGUAAAAAACCUGUAAAUGCGACUGUAUAAUCUUGUGUGUAUAUUAUACGUUGACGUGCCUGUCGUAGUAGGGCACCGAUCAUAUACAAUAUGUAUAGUUUUCGUGUGAUCCCCGCCUUACAUCUCCCGUGUGAUCUAGGUCGUUUAAUUGUUAUCCCAAAUGCCGACUGUAUUUGCUUGUAUUUUUCACAUUUUUCCUUUACUCAAAAAUCUUGUUAAGCUCGCUUCGUUUUUUAGAAAAUUGUGCAUCUGGAAUAUAUAUAUAUAUAUAUAUAUAUAUAUAUAUAUAUAUAU